AUGGCUCACGGGACUUCCUGCUUCCUAGUUCUUCACCUAGCAAGCAUGCUUCGCGCACUCUUGGUGGCGUCGUCUCUGUGGCUCUCCCAUGCCAUGCCAAACACCACGGGCAAAAUUUGCCAGUGGGGCUGCUAUGAUGAAGAGGACGAAGCUUGCCAUCCAGGGCUUACCAACAUGGCGUGCGCGGAGAUUUACGGGCACGUGGAGUGGAUCCAGGUGUGCGACUGCGUGGACGAGGCGACGGGCUUGCGUGACAACAUCACAGUCGCUGCGCCGAGGUUGGUGAGUCUCUUCUACAAGUUCCGCCGCGAGGUUUACAUCGGAGCCUCAUUGGGUUUUGCUCUUUGCCUGCUCUUCGGUGUGGGCUUCCUUGCCCUGGCCUCCUUGACCUACCAGAUGAUCUACUCCAAGGAGGCUCACGAGCGAAAGAUGAAGCGUCAGAUGGAGGAGACCCUCGAAGCGACCCAGGCG